CCAGGUCUGAGAGCUCACGUCAGCACCGCUGACACAGCUCUCUGUGUGUGUGUGUGUGUGUGUGUGUGUGUGUGUGGCACGCUGCUGAUGGAAGAACGAAAGACCCGUACGGUGCGCAGAGCAGCAUGGAGUUUAAUUACAGCACAGAAUGAAUGUUGUUGUCUCGAUGCGUCUCUCGGGGGAUUUCAGUGAUGAGGUGGCUCCUGUCCUGGAUCCUGUUGGUAACCGGUGGACUUCAUCAGGUCUUAUCCCAAAGUCCAACAGACAUUUCGGUUGUGAACACAGACCUCGACCUGUACAACAGGACCCAGUACUGUAAGUGGCCCUGUAAAUGUCCUAAGGUGGCCCCCACAUGCCCUGUGGGGGUCAGUCUGCUCACAGAUGGCUGUGACUGCUGCAAGGCCUGUGCUAAACAACUGGGAGAAACCUGUAACGAGAGAGAUACAUGUGACUAUCAUAAGGGGCUGUACUGCGACUACAGCGCUGACAAGCCUAGGUACGAAAAAGGCGUGUGUGCAUAUCUAGCUGGGACAGGGUGUGAGUAUAAUGGCGUGAUCUACCGUAAUGGCCAGAGCUUUCAGCCUAGCUGUAAGUAUCGCUGUUUGUGUGUGAAUGGAGCAAUCGGGUGUGUGCCUUUGUGCACCGACUCCCUGCCGCCUCGGGGAUGGUGUCAGUUACCCAAGCUGGUGAAAAUUCCAGGCCGUUGCUGUGAGCAGUGGAUCUGUAAUGAGCCUCAAAAAACAAGAAGGACGAGCCCAAGACAUGCUGUGGAGGAGUCUUUAAGCACCAAUGAGAUCUGGCACAACAACUGCAUUACCCAGACUACACCUUGGAGUCCAUGCUCAAAGACCUGUGGGCGGGGCGUAUCCAUGCGAUUCUCCAAUGACAACACAGAGUGCGCAAUGGAGACUGAAAGCCGGCUGUGUAACCUCAGGCCCUGUGACGUGGACAUAACCAAACAUUUUCGGCCAGGAAAGAAAUGUCUGAACAUCUAUCGUGAGCGCGAGUUCCAGAACUUCACUAUCUCCGGCUGCAUCAGUAAGAAGCCCUAUUGGCCAAAAUACUGCGGAGUGUGUUCAGAUGAACGAUGCUGCAUCCCAUACAAGUCGAAGACUAUCGAAGUGGAGUUUGAGUGUCCCAGUGGAGCAGUGUUCACCUGGAAGUACAUGUGGAUCAACGCAUGUUUCUGCAACCUCUCCUGCAGAAACCCCAAUGAUAUAUUUGCUGACCUGCAGCCUUAUUAUGAGCACAAUGAGAUCAUGAACUGAGACUGAAAGGAGCCAUUUCCACUUUAUAAUAACCAUGUGCUCAAUUUGAAUAAGUGCUGGCUGAUAUUUUAAUUGAACAUGUCAAAGCCAGAAUCUUUCAUUUGUGUGUUCAAUGUGUACAUAUAGAGAGUUAAUCCACAUUUUAAGUGGGUAUAACUGUGUAUUAAAUAUCUUUGUGGUGAAGUAAAUAAGCACCUGGUACACACAAUAUUUGAUUUUGUGUCAGAAAACCACAUUCUAUCAUAAGGCGGUAUUUAAAAUUUCCAAAAUGUUAAGAGGUUCGUUUCCACUAAAGGAGGAUUUUAUCCCAUUCUUUUGGAAUGUAGUUUGGUUGGAAAACAUGUUGACAUUUUCCAGAGUCACACAGGAGCCAAAGGGCUUAUGUCAUGGAAAUGCUAUAUUAAAAUGAAUUUAAGUGAGAUUUUUAUAUUCUUUAAAUUAUCAUAUAAUUUUUUAAACAGUCACAGAUUUUAAGAACACUUUUUGUAAUGAUAAAAGUUUUUUUUGUCAUUUUACAACAUUGGCAAAUUAUCCUUGCUUACUAUAUUGUUUAUAUUUAGUAGCACUUUCUAAAGAACAAUAUUUAAAUGUGUUUAGAUCUAAAAUGUCUUUUAUAUUUGUAUGUAUUUCAACAAGGCCAAGUAUAUAUUUUUCCACUUGCUGUAUCACAUUGUUAAAUAUACAGCUAGAUAUGCAACUCAGCUAUUUACUAUAUUUAAAAGCAGGAAUUAUGUGAGACGGAUAUUAUGUUUUAAUAUCCGCUGAAUAAAGAGACAGAAAAGU